UCCACCAAAAAAGAAAUCAAUUUUAGAGGAGCUUAUGAUGAAGUUUAUGACAUCUACGGAGAUGAGGUUCCAGCAAACUGAUAGUGCACUUAGGAAUCAGCAGGCCUCGAUUCAUAACUUGGAGACCCAGAUUGGCCAAAUCUCUAAGAUGUUGUUUGAGAGGCAACAAGGAGCGCUCCCUAGCACCACUGAGUCUAACCCGAGGGAGUUGAGGCUAGCAGUAAGGUUAAGGAACUUGAGGACAAAAGGUGAAAUCAAUUCCAGUCAGGGAAUAUCAACCUAAGAUUCCUUAUCCUGCUAGAUUCAAAUAAGUAGAAGCGCAAGAGCAGUUCAGUAAGUUUUUAGAUAUUUUUAGACAACUGCAUAUUAACUUUCCUUUUAUUGAUGCAUUGGAGCAAAUGCCGAAGUAUGCCAAGUUCUUAAAGGACAUACUUAGCAGAAAAAGGAAGUUGGAGGAGGUAGCCUAUGUUCAGCUUAACAAAGAGUGCUCAGCAGUGUUUCAGAGCAAGUUGCCAGAGAAACAUCACGAUCCAGGGAGUUUCACUAUUCCUUGCACUUUAGGUAUUUUGUGUGUUGAUGAUGCAUUAGCUGAUUUGGGGGAUAGCAUAAAUGUCAUGCCCACUAGUUUGUUCAAUAAGCUAGGUUUGGGGGAGGCAAAAUCCACUAGGAUGUGCAUUCAAUUAGCUGACCGUUCUGUUAAGCUUCCUAGGGGGAUUGUGGAGAAUGUGCUAGUCAAGGAAGAUAAGUUCAUAUUUCCUAUGGACUUUGUGGUUAUGGAUAUGGAUAAUGAGCAUGGUGUACCGUUGAUUUUGGGGAGACCUUUCCUUGCCACAGCUAGAGCUAAAAUAGACGUAUUUGAGGGAAAGUUAGAACUUAAUAUAGGGGAUGACUGUGUUACUUUUAGUUUACCCCCAUUUGAUAGUUCUCCUACCGACCAUGUUCAUGUCAUUUGUAGUGUUGAUGGAAUUGGUCCUGCAUGUAAUAAGUAACCACAGGAUGUACAAAUGGACGAUGCUAUACAUGUUUCUUUCCCUGUUGAUAUGUGUUAUUCAUCUGAAGAAAACAACUUGUAUCAAUUUGAGACUUUGUGCUAUGAUACACCCGAGAAGGGUAGUUGCAAGUUUGUUAUGACAGGUCACUUAGCCAGAAUUCAGAGUGGAUGAAUGGGCAUCCCAACUCGAUGCCGAGAGCACCUCCUUGGUCAUCUACCGCACACAUCGGACCUUCUCUUUGUGCUUAUAUGCCUCAAGCCCCAACUUACAUUGAGCCCACCUUCUCAACUUGCCUGCGAUCCAAGAACGCUGCUGCAGAGUCCAGCUAGACGACUCGAACAAAAAGAAGCACCUUCGGGAGGCAUUCUCGAAUCUAUUUAUGCCUUUUGAAUUCUUGGACAUCUUUUAUUUAUGUAGUUAUUUUUUUUAGUUAGAUAUUUCAGUUGGUUUUAAGUUUGUUUUAUUUUGAGAUGAUUUUAUUUUAUUGAACAUUUUACUAGAUGUUGCUUGGGAUGUGUUUAUUCUUGAGUUUUACAGGAGUUAGCCUACUCGAUGCUCAUACGUAAUUUUGAGGACUAACAUAUUUUGGAGUGUUAAAGCACACAUCAAGGGCAGUAUCCAGUAGACUUUCUAGUUUUUAUCUCUUUUUGUUGUCUUGUUUUUCUUUUAGUUUUCCAGUUUUUUUAUGGACUCCCAUAAUUUUCUUCUUUGUGUGUAUUUUAUUUCUUUUCUUGGAGUGCCUACCUUGUUCACACUGAGGAUAGUGUUUCUCUCAAGUAUGGGGUAGGUACCUUAGUUUUAUGCAGGUACCAAUUUUGUUUCUGCUGUUUUUAUCUUGCUUUCAUUUCCCUUAUUGAUUGAGUCCAUUCAUUCUUACUGUCCUUAUCUUGAGCUUUGUUUUAAUCAAGUAAUUGAUAAUUUUUCUCUUUUGAAUGGAUACCUGUAUAGCUUUUAUCGAAUCUUGUUGAAAG